AGUGCCAGGCUGCCAGCCAUGGUGGUCAUGCUGCAUGCCACUCCACAUGCUCCCCAUCACCCUCUGUUCUUCCCUGUCUCCUGCCUCCACAGAUUCUUCUUGCUUUACCAUUCCUUCUCUCCAUCGACAGCUACUCAGCCACUCUUCUUCUCUCUGCACUCAAAGUCUAUUGGAGUAUUACAAUUUUCAAGCGUAGAAAUUAGUACUAGUAAUACUUCUCUGAAUUGAUGUCUGCUUCCCUGUAUUAUUAAACACAAACACUGUCACGGCUGGAUGAAUUAAUUAGUCUACAAGUAUAAUAUAAGAAUAUAAGAUUACUAAUCGAGCCAUAUAUACACAGACGUCCGCAUCCAAAGCACUACACUACACAUCCAUCCGGAGUAGUAAUAAGCAAGCAGUUUGAAUAGCCGGCACGGCAGCCAUGUCGAAGCCGAAGGUGCUGCAGCUGGCGGGCAAGGUGGCGAUCGUGACGGGCGGCGCGAGCGGCAUCGGCGAGGCUGCGGCGCGGCUCUUCGCGUCCCGCGGCGCCACCGUGGUGAUCGCCGACGUCCAGGACGCGCUCGGCGAGCGCGUCGCCGCCUCCAUCGUCUCCAGCGCCGGCGCCGGCCGCUGCAGCUACGCCCGCUGCGACGUGUCCAACGAGGCCCAGGUGGCCGCCACGGUGUCAUCCACGGUGUCCGCGCACGGCCACCUGGACAUCAUGCUCAGCAACGCCGGCGUGCUGCUCCACCCGGCCCAGCCCGUCACCGACAUGGACCUGGGCCUCCUGGACCGCGUCCUCGCCGUCAACCUCCGCGGCGCCGCGGCCUGCCUCAAGCACGCGGCCCGCGCCAUGGUCUCCGGCGGGAGGCCCGGGUCCAUCGUGUGCACGGCGAGCGUGGCCAGCGUGCAGGGCGGGUACGGGCCGGCGACGUACACGGCGUCCAAGCACGCCGUGCUGGGCCUGGUGCGGGCCGCGGCGGGCGAGCUGGGUCGCCACGGCGUGCGCGUCAACUGCGUGUCCCCCGGCGGCGUCGCCACGCCGCUCAGCUGCGGGGUCACCGGGAUGGGGCCCAAGGAGAUGGAGGCCAUGGCGGAGGCCCAUAAUGUGUUGAAGGGGAAAGUGCUCAGGGUCCAGGACGUGGCGGAGGCGGCGCUGUUCCUGGCGUCUGAUGAGUCUGGGUUCGUUAGUGGGCAUAACCUCGUCGUUGAUGGCGCCGCCACCGCCGUUAACCCCGCCGUGCUCCGCUCCGUCGGGCUCUGAUGUCAUUGAUCCCUCGCUUCCUUUUAUGUUCAUAACUACACCAGUUAUUGUACUACUACCCAUGAAUAUUGUGCGUUCACGGGAACUGAACAUCAGAAAUGAUUGUUAUUACUACUCGGGUCGGAAUUACUUGUCGAAA